AUGUUCAAAAAAGACAUCCAAGAAUUAUAUAUAAAGAACUGCAUAGAAAAUAUUUACACUGUAAAAAGACACCAUGCAGAUGGCAAAGUUGAGGAGAAAAAGAGCAGCGUUCUGUACAAGAACAUUGAUGAGUUUGUCCAUGUCCUCAUACAGAUAAGAAAAUACGACAAGGAAUUUAAAAAGAUAAACGUUAGAGAACAUGGAUUGGAUGUUGCAGCGACGUUGCAAGAAUACCUAGACUUUUACGUAGGCCAGUUUGGGCAUAAAUUCCAUUCGUUCAUUUUGGAAUAUAAAAACAGUCUAGUCAAGGAUGAUGUGAAAAAUCAUUACAUCAUAAAAAAACUAACCAAAAGUGACAUUGAAAAGGUUGCCAAAAAUUCGUACGCACGGGUAAUGUUCAUGUAUGACAGUGUAAAAUAUUUACUUUACUACAUAAAGAAGAGGUUUGCAAAAAUCAGAGAAAUUAAUGAAAGUUUUGUGAAGCUUCUGAUGAGUUACCUGCGGGUCUCUCUCAACCCGCUGAAUUUGAUUGCCCAUGUGUACUUAAGUGGGUACAGGGGGUUACCCUCCCCUGAUCAGGCGAAAAAAAAGAACCUCCCCAAUGGGAUCAGCCAAAUUGGACCAAACCAAGCGUGGAAGAAUAUGUCACCUAUAGAAGACCACCCUAUGGUAGACGUCCCCCCAAAGGAUCACUUCUUCUGCAACGAACUGUGCCAAUUUGUGUGUGCUUACGGGGAGUAUAUCAUAAAGCACACCAUAAGUAGCAGCUACGUAGAACUGCUCAGCAGGAAUGAAAUUAUCAAAUCGAAAUUGAGCAUAUACGAGUCGGCUAAAAGACAUAUCAGAAGUUACAUAAUGAAAAAAAUAUGCUCCUAUACCCAUUUUAAGAAGUGUAAUCUAAGUUCCCAAUUUGAUCAUGCCACCAUUUUCAAUGCGUACGAAGGGGACCAAAUUGAGUGCCAAAAAAUAUUUAAAAGAUUCACGCAAGUUGGUAAUGGCUAUAAAAAUGUGAACAUGUCACACAGAGACUUUUCUUACAUUUAUGAACUUGUGCUGGCAAUAUACUUAGUGAAAAAAUGCCUCUUCCAUUUGAACGAAAAUAUCGAUGCAGUUCUUCAGGUAGCCCUGUACACUUUGUACAACUCCGCAAAAGUGAUCAUCAUCUAUUUAUACUUCAACCUCCCGAAGCACAUGGCUCAUUACUUUCUAAACGUGUAUCUUCUCUUCUUUAAAAGUAAGAAAAAAAAUAAUGAAGGUCAAAGCCAGGAUAAGAAAACCUCACACAUUAUGAACAGAAUGAGGAGGACCUACAGAAACGUUUUGCAGUAUGUUGUCAAACAGGAAAAGGGAUCCAUAGAAGGUGAGGAAUGCACACAAGAAGGGAUCCAACCAGGAGAAGAAAACCUUUAUGAAGUUACCCCACUUGGAGAAAAAAUCAAAAUGUCGGAAAGAAAACGGUACAGGAAGAUCCUCAACCUUUUGUACUUCCAAAUGGAUAGUUAUGACAAAAAAUGGGAGAACCAAAAAAGCAAACAAGAAGUGAAAAAAUUUGUCGCGCUUCACAUGAAUGGGUCUGUCAUACAGCUCAAAUAUAACUACGAGGUCCUUCAAAGAAAAAAGAAAAAAUGCAAAAAGAAGACACUAACAAAAGUGGGACCCACAAAGACUGUAAAAGGUAGCCAACCUGUGACACAUCAAAACGGUACAGUAUCGCGCCAGAAAAAACGAGCGAAUUUUGUACACCCUGACAAAAUUGAAUACAUGAAGAGGUAUGCCCUGCUAUACAGAAUCGAAUGCAGAAGCAACUCAAAAGGAGGAAAGAACACUGAUCGAAAUAGAGCUGUACAUGUACAAACAAACACAGUAAACUAUUCGAUGCACAACCGGGUGAUAUACAACUACCGUGAUGGUGAUGCCUACUCUAGGAAAGAAAAAAAAAGUGAUAAGGAAAGAGAAGUCACCUUCUACAAUAACAAUAAUAAUAGCAGUUCCGAGAAAAGCAUCGUAGGAAAAUUAUUCAACUGUGUGUUAAAAAAUCUACGAAAGGGGAACCAAUUCGUCCCAAGCAACACUCGUGAUAUUGAUAUCAUCAACUCAUUUGACGAUGAUAGAGAGAGAAACCAAAACGAAAGUAACGAUUAUGAAGAUAGCCAUUUGAGCGUCCCCAGUGAAGAGGUCUCCAAGGUCGAUGAAUCUAUUACCUGCCCUGUCCGAACCAUUUUGAAUGAACACGAAAAGGGGGCAGAAACGCCGGGUUCGUGUUACCUAUCGAGGAACGGCUCCAUACAGAGUGAAGUCAAAAUGGAGUGUGAAGUUUUCUCGGAAAGGACACUUGAUAAAAGCAAAUCCGAAAUAAAUUCCGUCGAAACGGUGAACAGCAAAGAAAUCCAAGAGGAUGGAGAAGUAUCGGAGGAAGUAAGUAGCGAAGAUGGAGACACACCCCAUCCAUCCGUGGGAAAAACGCAUAGCAGUGUAGAAAAAUCAUCCCAAGAGAGUUGCGAAAAACGUAGGAAAAAGCGCGAGGCGAAUGAAGAGGUUAAAAGCGGAGAAAUCUCUCCUCCUGAGAAAAUCCAAAACGAAAUUAAAAAAAUCGCAUGUGGCAAAAAGGUUGAUGAACCCCCCAGACACGGCUCCAAAACGGAGGGACACACUGAAAAGGACGCAUUCGAUAAGGAGACACCCGAAAAGGACGCAUUCGAUAAGGAGACGCCCGAAAAGGAAAAACAGAGUGAUGACUCCCGAGGGAUACGCUCACCAGAGAAUAUAACCCAUGCCGAUUUGCAGUUAAAAGAAAACAAGCGCAGAACCGAGGGAAAAUAUAACAUGUUCUUUUCGAACGAAUCCGGCACGAUGGAUGUGUCGUCGGAUGAUUAUAUCCCGUACAGGACAACGAAGAAAAAGGGACAAAAGAAACGGAGGAAGGCCGCUGCGAAGGGCAAGAAAAAGACGAGCGGAAGGAUGAGCGGAAGGGUGAGCGGAAGGGUGAGCGGAAAGACGAGCGGAAAGACGAGCAGAAGGAUGAGCGGAAGGAUGAGCGGAAGGAUGAGCGGAAAGACGAGUGAAAAGACAAAGGGUAAAGAAAAAUCGAACGAACGGACGAAGGAAAAGGGAAAGGAGCGGAAAUCCAGGAGGAGAGAAACGGAACAGGCGCCCAAAACACGCAGUAGUAAAACCAAAAAAAGGAAAAGGUCUCAACUCACUGACGAGGAAAUCGUGAAAACGAAAAAAGGGAAGUCCAACCAUUCGUCAAAUUAUCAUUCGGUGAAGUGCUAUCAUUCGAAGCGAAACGAAGUGGUGGAAGGGGAGGAAAAAAGGUGCACUGCAGUGAGCGUAGCGCGUAAGCAGUCCAGGGAAAGAAAAAAUGGGACUGCAGCAGAGGAGCACGCGAUAACCACGAAUGGUGAGCACUUCCCAGGUGAGCAAUCCCCAGGUGAGCGCUUCCCAGGUGAGCAAUCCCCAGGUGAGCACAUCCCUGGUGAGAAUAAACGCGAGUUCGAGAAAGAGUCACAGAUGAGCGAAGCUAAGCAACCAACAACUGACGAUACGGCAAUGCCCGGCAGUGCGAGAAAACUAAUCUUUAACGUAUCCCUGAAUGGCAGCGAAGGGGGAGAAGAAUGCACGCCGUGCAAAUAUGAAUUUGGUGGGAGGACGAGCUGGGGUUCGAAUGUGAUGAAGGGGAAGACGCCCAUUUGUGGGGACCUCGAUGGGACGGACCACCUUGACAAUCGUGACCACCUUAACAUUCGUGACUACCGUGACGAUCGUGAUUGCCUCGUCUUGAGUGAGAAUAAUCCCUUAUGGAAGGAAGUAAACGAAUCGGGAAGCAUGGCACACGUGCGCGGGAAAAGAGAUAAAACGGGUGAACAGGCAGAUAAACGCCUAGAUGAACAGCUUCGGAUAGACACAGACAUGCCCCAAUUCGACAUGCCAUUCAUAUGCACGCGCCAAGUGUACAUAAACGAAAGAGUAUGCGAAACUGUAAAAGAUACAGAAGAGAGACUAAAGUUAAUUGUAAUUCACCUGUUCAGUUACUACAUAAUCGGAGGUAUAUUUCUAAUCAACCCGUACAAUAGUGCCCAAAAAGAAAGGUACAGAAAUUUCACCAACAUACAAGAAAAUAUUAACGACAUAGAACACACCAAAAUAUUUAAGUAUAGUAGCCACGAACUUAUUAUUGGUAUUAUUAGGAAGAAUACAAAGGUGACUUUGCUGGGUGGUAGGACUUCCAAAAGAGUAAUGACAAUUUUGAAUAGACAGGGCAAAGGAUUAAAUGGUGCCACGUAUAAAUGUACAAUUAAUAACGUAUUGCAUGCAUGCAAAAUUCAGCAAAGGUUAUACUUGGCGAAGAAAGAAAUAUUUUUCUCCUACAUUUUGAAGACGAGAAAAAUGUUGAAGCAUAGGAAGUAUUCCGAGCAGCGUAAGGGAACUCUCGCUCGGGGGGGGAAUGCAACUGAGGUCAGAAGUGAAUAUAGCCGCAAAGGAAGCGGCAUAAAUAGUCUAAGCGGCAUAAACAGCGUACGCGGCAUAAACAGCUUACGAGGCAUAAGCAGCAGCGGAGAGGUCUUCUUCGAAGUUUACGCCAAGGGGAAUUUGUACAUCUUCCCAGACGAGCUGCACUACAAGGUGCAUAAGGUGGAGGAGAACUCGGACAAAGGUGCGCUCGGAGGGGAAGGGCAACGAAGGGGAGCCAGAAGAGGCAGCAGGGGAGGCAAAAGGGGAGGAAAAAGAGGAUACAAGCGGGGGGGGAUACGAGGAGUCAAGCAUAACACGGAGGGAAGAAGUGAAGGCAAAAGAGAGAACAAAGUCGAGCAGAGAAUCGAGGGCCAAAGCGAGGACAAAGACGAACACAAUAAUGAGCGCAUAAGCGAGGGCCAGAGGAAGGACAAAGGUGAACACAAUAGUGAGCGCAGAAGCGGGUGCCAAAGCGAAAAGCACAGCUCGGAAAAGGGCACAUCCCUGUUGAUCAUGGGGACUCACAAACACGUGACUUCGCUCAAUGAACUCAUAAAUAUGUUCAUCAGAAAGGGUCACCAAACCAUAAAUGAAGAGCUAGUACUAUUCAUCGUGUACCACUUGAUCGUGGCCUUGUUACAGCUGCACGUGUUGGAUGUGCUCCACGGAGAUGUCAAAAUAGACAACAUUUUAAUUGCGAAGGAUGAGGAGCUUCUGCUCCGGAUGGACAGAACUAAGGAAAAUAACCCAAGAGAGCCGCUCAGCACUUGCAAGGGGGAGAUUAAGGGGGAAUCCAAGAGGAAGAGCAGGCUUCACAGAGAAGGCAAUAGCGGUAGCAGCGUUCGCGGUGGUAGCAGCCGCAGCAGUAGUGGCACUCGCAGCGUUCGCGGUGGUAGCAGUCGUAGCAGUAGUGGAAUUCGCAGCGUUCGCAGCGUUCGCGGUGGUAGCAGCCGUAGCAGUAGUAACCCCUUCCUGUGUGAAUACAUGCUGAAUGUGAAGGUAGCCAGCAACCCGAACUCCUUCCUGAAAAAAAAAUUCCCUCUGAACGUAUUCCUAAUCGACAUCGGCAGAGGAAUUGACGUAAAAAAUUUUAGGAACUACCUCUUCUAUGGAGAAAAAAACUGUGAUUGUUACAAUUUUCUGACAGAUUCUAUUUUUACGUACCAUAUAGACCUUAUAGGCAUCGCGCAAGUGGCUAGCUGCUUAUUAUACUACAAGCACCUGGGGAGCACAAAAUAUAAAUACGAUGGAAGCAUAAUGGACCAAAAUUACACCACCAUUAAUAACCUGAAUUUGACCUACAUGACGCACAACAACAACUUCAGGAAGAAUAGCAGCGCCCCUGUUAGGAGGAAGAAGAGGGACCCUAGUAAGGGUAAGAGAAAAAGUAGGUGCAAGGAGAUUGAAAGUUUUAUAAAGGUCAAGGAGCGCGCGUAUACGGAGGAUGAGGAGAAGCACGAGGAGGGCUCUACCGACCAAAGUGCCAGCCACGAGGAAUGGAAGCCAACGAGGAAGAGCUCCCACCGUGCAGGGAAUGGUCCGCAUCCCGUGGGACGCCUCCAACGAAGCCUUAACCGUGCAGGGAACAAACAAAACGAAUCAGACAAUGGGAACAAACAAAACGAAUCAGACAAGGGGAACAAACGAGCCGCCAGAAGGAGCACCGAGGUAGAAAGCUCAUACUUUAUAGAUUACUCAAAAAAUAUCCCCAUGGAUGACCGUGAUAGAAAAAAAAUAGACGGGUACAUUGACCAAAUGAAGAAGAAUAACGAAAAUUAUUACAUCGAACAGGAAGAAGAAAGAAAAAUAAAAAACUUUUCCGUGAGGUUACUAUCCACGAGAAAAAGGUAUAUCGAAUUUUGGGAAAUUUUUUUUCAUCUUCUGUUAAACUUUUGCAAUGUGUACGAAUUAAGCUCCAUUAAUUACAACAGCAAGGAGAUCGGCACGAAUUUUGAGAAGGCCAAUUUGUUCCACCACAAGGUGAUGAAUAAAACGGAAAAUUACUACUUCGACUUUUGCAAAAAUAACUGGGAGGAGGUUCCACAAGGGGACCAACGAAAGAAGGGUGCCCAAAUGAAGGAGAAGCUCAAUGGGUUUAUUACAAGCAAUGAUAAUUUGUAUACAGUUAAAGGGGAAACCGUCGGCUGUAAUGGGGACAGCCACAACAAUAGUGCAGUUAUCGACAUCCACCAUACGGAUGAAGCCAAAAAAGAGAAGAUCGGUAAGCUGUGCCAUCACGACAACACCAGCACCGAUGAUGGAAGCAACGCAUGUUCAAUGCAAAACGGGCGCUGUGAUGAUGAGAAAGAGGCGCUAGAAGAACAACCCAGGAAGGAGACCCAUGAGGAACCACAUAAAGAUAAUAGCCGCAACCAAGUGGGCAAAACUAACGCAGAAAGGGAAAUCACAAAAGGGGUUAUUUUAGACAAACAAAAUGAACAAACGAAUGGAGACCAACCUAAAAGUAAUAGUAAAUAUUUUUUUAUAAAAAAUUCCAUUUCGAAUUUAAAAAAUAUAAAAAAAAAAAUGCAUAAAGUGAAGCACAAAAUAGAAGGGGACAAACUUGAUGCCAAUAACAACAAGGGAAAAAACGACUACUGCAACUUCUAUGGAAAAGAAGAAAAUGUUAGCUUGAAAAGAAAAAUGAUAUUUUUUGAGAAUGAACAGAAUAGACAGAAAUGCAGGAAACUGAAUGACCAGAAGUACUACGCGAAGGAGUGCCGCGCGAACGACACCAAAAGGUUGACCAGGUAUAUCAACAAGCUAAUGAAGAAGAAGGCCAUUUUUGUUCUCAUGUUUUUAAAAAGGGCCAUUGAAAAAAUAUUUGAUGAUGACAAGAGUAGGCAGGAAAUUUUGCUCACCGAGCUGAAAAACGCGGCGGCUUUUUUUUGA